UACAUUUGACAUAAACAAUAUAGGAAUGUAAUACUAGGUUAUUAAACGUAAUAUUGGGUAAUUUAAUAAUGCUGUCUAGGGGUGACCAGAGGUAUUACAUCACGUUUUUCGUCAGUUAAACAACUGCGAAGCAGGGACCAGUCAGACAACAAGACAUAAACGCAAACAUGGUGUCUCUGAUCUGUACCUUACAAAGUCAUCGAGAUGAUGUGAACUGCUGCGCGUUCUCCGGCGCUCUGCUGGCCACGUGCUCCGCUGAUAAGAGCAUCUGCGUUUACUCCGCACGAGACUUCAGCGAGCUGUCCUUCUCCCCGCUGUCCGGACACGGCUAUGGGGUCCACUGCUGCUGCUUCAGCGCCUGCGGUCAGUACCUGGCCUCCUGCUCCACCGAUGCCACCACCGUGGUGUGGUCGAUGGACUCCGGAGAGAUCGAGGCCGUCCUGGAGCACCCGGGCCGGAGUCCGGUGAGGGUGUGCGCCUUCUCUCCAGACUCAUCUUACCUGGUGUCUGGAGGCUCCGAUGGGACCAUCGCACUGUGGGACUUUACCUCCAGGACACUGCGCAGGACGGGUGCUGUGUCUGACACCAGUAUAGUGGCCUGCUCUUUCACUCCCUGCAGUCAGCUGUUCAUCACCGGCUCCACAUAUGGUGACCUGCGACUCUGGGACCUGAAUAUGAACCAUCUCCAUGCGGAGAAGAACGCCCAUGACCUCGGGGUCUCCUGCUGUCAGUUUGCUCCCCAGAUAAUGAAGGGCACAGAUGGCUGUGUUCAGUUUCGGCUGGCCUCAUGUGGACAGGACAGUCUGUUGAAGAUAUGGAUUGUUUCUCUUUUGUCUGCUGCAGGCAUUAAGAUGCAGCUCGCUCACUCUCUGACGGGUCAGUCUGCUCCAGUUCUGUCCUGUGCUUACUCUGCUGAUGGACAGAUGUUGGUGUCAGGAUCGGUGGAUAAGACCGUGACUGUGUAUCAAGCUAACGAAGGUACCUUACUCUACACACUUAACCAGCAUGAUAGGUAUGUGACGGCCUGUGCCUUUUCCCCCACGGCCCCUCUCAUCGCCACCGGCUCCAUGGACAAAACUGUCAAUAUCUGGAGGGUAGAGGACGGCUGCGGAGCUCAGGGCAAAUCUCUUUCUGAUGAAGCUGCUUCGGUAUCAAACAGUGGAGGCAGGAAGUCGACUGGACACUCCAGACUCAUGGUGAGCGAGUGGUCUGAGGAGGAUGUGUUGGCAUGGUUACGUGAGGAGGGGCUGGAGGCAGUGACUGACGUGUUUAAAUCUAAUAACAUCGAUGGAGAGGAGCUGCUCUCUCUCACCAAGGAAACCCUCAGCUCCGAGCUGCACAUUGAGUCUCUGGGCCUGCGGAGUAAAGUCAUGAAGAAGAUCGAGGAGCUGAAAAUGGCACCUGUCUCUAACGGCACUCCCGACGAGUACCUCUGUCCAAUCACACGUGAGAUCAUGAAGGACCCAGUGAUCGCUGCCGACGGCUACUCGUAUGAGAGGGAGGCCAUUGAGAGCUGGAUCAACACGAAGAGCCGCACCAGCCCAAUGACCAACCUACCCCUGCAGACCACACUUCUGACACCCAACCGCACGCUCAAAAUGGCCAUUUUACGAUGGACCACUUGUCAGUGAUUUCAGAUAAUAAUGAGCCCAGAACAGAAGUCUCUCUAGAAUUGGAUCACCAUGGCACUGAUUUGAGAUCAGACUGGCUUCAGACAUUAGCACGCUUUAGCUUUUAACAGACUAAGUGAUGUCUCAGCUCUUGACUUGAGCUCAAGUUCAGCCUUAAUCCUGAGAGUGAAAAGGUGUUCCAUUAGAUGUGAUGGAACACAUCAUGCGCUCCUCCAUCCGCAAAGUGACGGUAGUUAUGUCACAGGCAGACCAAAGAGUAAGUGGUCCAUAAUCUGGCUAAAACUACUAAAUGCUUCUCCAGCAUAACACAGCAGAGUGUUGAGUGGCCUUAAACAUCAUAAUAAAUGUUUAUCAUCCCCUUUCUGCUCUGUCACGGUGAAUUUCCUCGAGUGAUUUAGUCAUUUCAUGGAUGAGCUAUUAAACAUUUAAAGGGUUAUGUGUGUCAUAUGAUGUUGCUCAUAUGAAAUAGUUUACAUGCUUAAAAUCAGGUAUACGUUUAUUAGUGGAUGAUCAUUGUGAGCAGUUUAGUAAGUGUCACUAUGUAACAUAUUAUGUAUAUGACUGUACUGAUGAUCUGUAGACAGUCUGGACCUUUAUGUACAUGAGCUGGUGGGUGGUUCAUGCUAGGAUAAACCUGCUGUGAGACUGAAAGCCAUGCAGAAAUAAAAUCAAGCUGUUGUACAGUUGA